AUGCGCAUUCGUUUUGGUGUCCUCGCAGUAGUAUUUGCGUGUAUCGGAAGUUUGUGCACAACUGAUUGUAAGGCGAAGUCCAUUGAUAGCACCAGCCUCCACGGAGGAUUCCACGCGAUAGGGAUCAACAAGCCUUCCUCCAGAAGUUAUGGCAUGAGUGAUUUGGCUGCGAAGGGCAGCGCGAUCGAAGAAGAGCGGACGGGAAAUAUCGAUCCGAAGGUGAUCCAGAAGCUCUUAAAGGCAGACGACAUUAAGGCCGCAUUAGACGACUACGACAAGCAAGUGGCCUUGUUUACGAAGUGGAUGGCGGAUGAAAUGACGACGUCAGCUAUCCUUGGUAAGCUAUCGGAAAAGGACAAGAUUAUCGAGAACAUGCCGAUUCUUGCGAAAUUCAACGAUUUCCGAAGUACUUUUAGGUACAACGAAAAGCUGACCGACUGGCUUGACACUAAAACCCUCGACGAUAUAAUUGCAACACUGAAGGCUUCAAAGACAGAACCAAUGAAGCUGAAAUUCACCGCGAUGUACAGGAGUGGGGUAACUCCUGACGCCUUUGCCGCGGCAAUCGCGAUGGUAACAAACGCGAGGAGACAGUGA